AUGCAGAGAACUUCUCAACCUCCACAACAACAGAACGGAUCAACUAUACAAACGGAAAGACAGCCAAAACAACUACUAAAGACUUCUUCACCACCUACUCCACCAACUGGUCUUGAUCCAGAUUCGAGUUUCAACUCUCCCCCUUCUACUCUUGAGGCGCCAAGGCCUUCUGCUGCUGCUACUCAAGUAGCAACAAUAGGCACAGGUUGGACGAAUAACUCUAGUCCAAGAUCAGCGACGAUGACACCAUCGCCUCCAUUACCUCAAUCUCGGAAUACAUUGCGUUAUCCACCAGCGUUUACUCCUCACCAAACCUCACAACAGCAACCUCCUCAACCUAUACACCUCACAAUUUCUUCUCUUCUUCAACCUGACCAAAAUACAGAAGAAUUUUUGUUUACUCUUACACUUGACCAACUUUCUUCGAUAGAAAAGACAGUACAACGUUUUAAUAACAAUCCGUCAUCUCCACAAACAAGUAAAGACCGUGACACCGUCCAAUCAUUUGGUGUUGCAGCAUCAACUUCUAAUUCUGCUAUUGUUAACAGUAAUGUUAUUGAACUAGCACAAAAACCACCACAACGCUUACACAAUAAAGAAUUUUUCUUAAACAAAACAUCAUCACAAACCCCAUUAUCGUCACCUACAACAUCGACAUCACAUCCGACUAAUCUAAAACGAUCGGAAUUCUCGCCCUCACCAAAUCACGCAUUACCUGCAACUGAUCCUGUCAUAGAGACACAUGACGGCAUACCAUUUGUGGUAUUCACAUACUCGGUCAAAGGAAACAAUAAAGAGUAUCGUAUACGAAUUGAUUUGAAUAGUGCCAACCUAAACGAUAUAACUGACCAAUUUAAACGUGAAAAUUGUCUUUAUCCACGUGCACAUUGUCCCGAAGAAAAAUAUCAAGGAAAUCGAUGGCAUUACGAGAAUGAGUGUAAUAACUUAGGAUGGAAAUUAGCUUGGUUGAAUCAAGAGGAUAUUGCUGGAAAAAGAGGACUACUUCAGCGCGCAGUGGAUAGUUAUCGUAAUCGUGAUCCAAAUAUGAGAUCGAGAAGAGUAGUAAGAAAUGAGAAAAUAAAUAAUGGGACAUUACGUAAAAGAGCUACUCGUGAUAGUGAUUCAUUUGAUGGAAAUCCUGACUCCAAGUCUCUAAAAAGACAUCGCAGUGCUGCUAAACAAUUAUCCGUCAAUACAUUUUCAAAAGGGGUUUCUACAAAAAUUCGCAUUCGAGCUGAUAUCGAAUCCGUUAAUCUGACUGAUCUAACGGAGGAUUUUAAAAGAAAGAAUAGCGUGUUUCCUAGAGUUUUAUCUGAUCAAGCUAAUAGGGGAAAAAAUUGGGAAUUGGAAAAUUGGUGUAACGAGAUAGGCUGGAAAUUGGCAUACCUGAAUCCAAGCAAACUAAAUGAGAAAAAAUUACUGCUUCAAAAAGCAUUGGAUUUGUAUCGCGCCAAAUUUACUAGUGAAUAUCGGCCUAGAAAAGGCAAAUAUUCACGUGCCCUAUCAGCUAAAUUCUUUGAAGAUCAUCCUCGAGAGGUCAACUCUCCCAUUCCCAUGGAGAUAGCAACAAAUAAUCAUGUUGUUCUCGAGACUUCAGCUCCCACAAAAUCAGAAGAUUCUGUUGAAAAAGUUAACACGUCUUCGUCAUCAAUAUCCAGCAUCACUCCUAUCAUUACCAUUAACACCGCUACUUCUUCCUUAGAUAAUGUGUCGUUGUCAAGUCCCACGAAUAAUACAUCGCCUAUGAGUAUUGGCGACGAGAAAAUGGAGGUUAAUACUGAGACACAGCAAACUGCUAAAUAA